AUGAAUCAUUAAUUUGAGAAUAUAAAAAAAUUUUGGGCAUCAAAGAAAAUUUGGUCGUUUUACAAAUAUCAAAAUCUUUUGAAUCAAAGAUUAAAAGAUUUAAUAUAAGAAUUAGAUCCAAAAAUUCAAACAGUAAUUCAGUUAAAGGAAAAUAAAGAAUCAGUGGGAAUAUCUAAUAAGUAAUUUACAAAAGUAUGCACUAAAGCUUUAGAAAAUUAAGCAAACCUUUUGAAACCACUAAUAUUACUAAAUUACAGAAAUAUUCUGAAUAAUUAGAAGUAUUUAAUCGAUAUUUUAUAAUUAAUUCACUAUUCUACAAAUAAUGAGGAAUCUAAUUAUAUCGAAGAUGUAAUGAAGAAUCCAAAAAAGCAAAAAGAAUAAAAAUAAGUAAUGUGAUUAAUUAAUUUUUUAGUUGUAUAAAAUAUUAGAAUUGAUAUUCAUAAUGUUGUAAAAUCAAUAAAAAGAAACAACUAAAUAUUAAAUUUUAAUAUGCUUAGAUUCAAUUUUAAAAAUAAUGAUGAAAUGUUUAUAAACUAAUCCUGAGAUACUCUAAAACUUGAGAAAGUAUUAAAAAUAUAAUCGUUGUAUUUCAUUCAAAAAGUCUUAUUAAGGAAUAGGCUAAUAUAUAGAAGCAAUAACAUCUUUUGAAUCUAAAUUACGAGAAGAUUUGAAACCUGAAAUAAUGGAAGCAACUCUCAAUAAUAUAUUAUAAUAAUUAGAUUGUGUUAUUUGUUACAGUGCAAUGAAUGAUCCUGUGUCAAUGAAAUGUGGACAUAGUUUUUGUAAAGCAUGUGUUUCCUAGGAUUAAAAUAAUUCAAAAAAAUGUCCAAUUUGUAGGUAUAAUUAAUUUAAUAAUUAGAACGGAGUAGGUAGAUGAGAUUUACUUAAGUGAAAAUAACAAAUUUUUAACUAAACUGAUAUUUUUAAGAUAAAGUUUUGAAAAUUAGUCAGAUUUUUAAUAGGUAGAGGAUUAUUAGUUUAAUUAUUACAUUCACAUAUAACCAUAAAGUAGAUAGACUUAUGAAUAAAAAAUAGUAUUAAGAACAAAACAAUCUCUCAAAUAUUUGAUUGAAGAAGAAGUGGAAAUAGAUACAAUUAAAUUUAAAUCACUAACUGUUAUUUAGUUUUAGUAACUCUUAUAGUAACAUAUUAUUUUUAUUCUUGUUGAUAAACAUGCAAAUGCAUAUUUAGUGAAAAAUAUGUCUGCGUAUAUUAGUAAAAGCAAAACAAGAAUUAAAGUUUAAUAUUAGGAUAAAAUAUAAAUAGCUCAUUCAUAUUUCUCUCAUAUAUUCUUAAAUACUGAGAAUGGAGGAGAAUAUAUAUUUGAAUCUGAAUUUGCAACAGCUAUUACUUUAGAAGAUGAAAAAAUAGAUAUAAGCAACAUAGAAAUCCAAAAAUAAUUAGCUAGUUUAAUAAAUAAUACAAAAGAAUUCUUCAAUUAGGCUCUACUAAAUUAAUAGUAAGAUUAAACAUAUUAAACUCUUCAUUCUUUUUUAGCCUAAGUUGGAUUUUGGAGUUUGCAAAAUUCAGAUUUACUUAGUAAUUAUAAUGAAAUGAAAAAAUAUUCAUAUUUGAUUCCAAACAUUUUAAGAAUACCUGAAAAAGAAAGAGAGUAAAUUUAACUUACUAACAAUUUAAUUAAGAGAUUAGAAUUGAUUGAAAAAAGUUUAAAUAGAUUCAAGUAAUGUUCAAACAUAUUAAUGUUAUUUCAUAUUCAAAGGCAGAAUCCAGAUUCUAAGAAAAAUAUCAUAGUGUCUAUCCUUGUGUUCUUUUUUUUGUUAUUUGCAUUUUAAUUGUGA